AUGAAUCAGUCCUCGUUGCCAAGCACAACCCUCCUACCUGUUCCUGUCCUCGCCUACGUCUUGAAACGCCACCGCGACCUACCCCGUCGCAACGCACGUCCGGCUCCCGUCGACAAAGCGUCACAGCGUCACAAUACCAACAUUGGAAACAACGAGAACAUAUUUUGCCCCGCCAGCCAGCGCCUCAGUAGACGGCUGUUAUGGAUGAAGGCGGUUGCAGCCCGGCAAUCAAACGUUCCAGUAUGCGCCUACGGGCCUGACGGCUUGGCAGUUGGUACUCCCACAUCAUUAUCCUCUCUCAUGAAGGAUUCUGGGCGUAUGCUAGGCCUCGCGAGGGUCGGUUAA